AUGUCACAUCCUUUUUUACUUAUAUUGCCCCAGGAUCUAGCGGUCGAGACCAUCGAAAGUUUCCUACGAAACAAAUACGAUGAGACGAAGAAUCGCCUGGGAAAUCCCCAAAUCAUACAGCUCCUGAAGUUCUGCCUCAAAUUUGACGGAACAAUCUACGAACAGAUGAAGGGAACACCAAUGGGUUCACAGAUUUUGGGGCUCACAGCCGAGGCGUUCAUACAGCGGUUGGAGUCGCUGGUGUUCCAACACCACAGACGGAAAUUCUGGGCGCGGUAUGUGGAUGCUACCUACGUCACCACCAAACGGAAUCAGGUGCUCACAUUCAAAAAACGUAUCAACAUCGUCUUCUCGGACAUUAAAUUUACGAUGGAGGAGGAAUAG